GGCCGCGCAACACUGCACCGACCCACACACACGCACACACACACAGUGGCUCUAUUUUUCGCAAUUAUUACACGCAAUAUCGGCACUGAUACGUUGUAAUAUGUACCGCGAAUCGUACGAGUGAAGUUCGCGUUCGUUUGUCCCGCUCGCGGAAAUAUAUCGUGCGCGCGUGAGUGUCUUUCCGGUGGUGCUGCUGUGCGUCGUCAGAAUUUUUUUCCAGCGCUACGAAGACUCUGAAUUCUCGAGCUGUCGAUGGGCAACUUUUUUAACGAUCUCAAGACAGGCAACAUGGGAAUAACGAAGAUGAGCGGAGAAAAGCGUCUGGCGACGCUACUCCUUAUCAUUCAAAUAUGUGUCAUCGUACUGACGGGUGUCCUCGUGACGUAUGGACCGGACACGCGGCCCGACUCGUCAAGGAGUCGCUCAGCAAUGCCGUAUUACGUACCACCAACGGAGAAGCCGGAAACCGAUCCGACGUCUAUUUAUCCGAUGUAUCAAGACGUCCACGUAAUGAUAUUCAUCGGUUUCGGUUUUCUCAUGACGUUCUUGCGCCGUUACGGGCAAAGCGCCAUCGGCCUGACGUUUCUCCUGGGUGCUAUACUCGUCCAAGUGGCCAUACUCUGCGACGGCAUCUUCAAAAUCGGCGACAACGGCAAGGCUCCGCUCUCCCUCGAUUCGCUGCUGAACGCGGACGUGGCGGUGGCCGCUCCUCUCAUAUCCAUGGGAGCUUUGCUGGGUAAAACGACCUACAUGCAACUCAUCGUCAUGGGAAUUAUCGAGCUCGUCGUUUACACCUUGAACAAGUACAUCGGAGAGCAACAUUUGUUGGUUGUAGACGACGGCGGCAGUAUAUUCGUCCACGCGUUCGGGGCCUACUUCGGUCUGGCGGUGAGCUUCGUAUUUGGCCUAAGAGACAAGCCCAAGUCACAGGCGCACGAGCUCGAGGGAUCGUCCUACCAGUCCGACAUAUUCGCCAUGAUCGGUACGAUAUUUUUGUGGCUCUUCUGGCCUUCAUUUAAUAGCGCUACCCUCCAUGGGGACGAGCAGCGCCGCGCGAUCGUCAAUACGCUACUGUCGAUCGCAGCGAGCUGCGUCAUCUCGUUCGCCGUGUCAGCCCUCGUCUCGAAGCGCAACAAGUUCGACAUGGUCCACGUACAGAACUCGACGCUGGCCGGUGGCGUGGCCAUUGGCACGGCAGCAGGUAUGAUGUGCCAACCGGUGGGAGCUCUUACAAUUGGAGCCAUUUCUGGAGUAAUCAGUGUCCUUGGCUACAAACAUCUCACGCCGUGGAUGCAAAACCGAUUGCGAAUCCACGACACAUGUGGAGUUCACAAUUUGCACGGCAUGCCGGCUGUACUUGCCGGUUUAUUCGGGGCUUUACUCGCCGGUUUGGCUACAGAGGCAGAUUACAACUACGCUCUAUACGAGAUAUUUCCAGCACGAAUACCGAGCUUGGGACAGAAUCUUACGGAAAUCAAUAACAGCUAUCAAUUAUCCUUGCGACCCGGUCCGAAUCGUACGGCGGGCAUGCAAGCUUCUUAUCAAUUACUCGCGUUAGCCGUGACCCUCGUCGUCGCCAUUGUUUCCGGAUUAGUUACCGGAUUGAUAUUACGCUUGCCAUUGUGUGGCAGCCUGACGGAAGAGCAAAAGUUCAACGACAGCGUGAACUGGGAAAUUGAGUCGGAAGAUGAAGUUCAAAAAAUUUCCAACGCUAACAAGGACGAAAACUCUCAAUCAGCUGAAGUAGCUAUGGGUCACAUCUAAUCCAAUAUACUAUUAAUUGUGCGCCACGAGAUAACUCGGUUCAUAAAAAUCACGAUCGUUGCGAAUAUUUGUUAAGGUUUUAAUGUAAUAUCUGAUUAUGAACUAGAUAACAAAAAAAAAUCAAAUUACCUAAUUCAAGAUUGUACAGUAUUUAAAAAUGAUUUUGUAUAAUGAACUAUACAGAGUAAUCAAAAAUUGUAGUAUUUAUAAAUUUUAUUAUUUUAUAUAAAUUCUCUAUUAGCUCUUUACGAUUUGUACAAUAAAUAUAAUAAUUUAAGAAAUAACACUGCUUUAUGAUUGGAAUCAAACCAAAGGCUAUUUUGAGCACUUAAAUUUAAUAAAUAUUUCUGUAAAUGUAUAAAGCCUCAGCCCAUUACCACAUACCAUGUUAUUGCCAUCAAAACAGUUUACAAGAUAUAAAUUA